AGGUGCUAAUUUAGACUCAGUCUCUGUUCCAUAGUUUCAGUUUCUCGGCUCCACUUUCAAUUUGCGUUUUAAUUUCAGCUGUCGCCAUUCGGCGACGUUAGUUUGCCGACAACCGUGCCCACGAUAACAGCUUUCGCAUCGGAUUUCAAUGGAGGAGGGUAAUGGGGUCAAACACAUUCUAGAGCUGAGCGAGGAUGAGCGGCGCAACUUUGUGGACUCCUUCGACCGGGUGUUCAGCGACAUAGACGGUGUCCUGUGGACCCUGAAGGAUCCGGUGCCGCGGGCCGCCGAGGGAUACGCUGCCCUCGAGCGGAGGGGCAAACAGUUGACCUAUGUGACCAACAACAGCGUGCUGGCGGAGGAGCAGUGCCUCAAGCGCUUCGCCAAGAUCGGGAUGAAGGUGCAGCCGGAGCAGAUCUGGCAUCCGGCCAAGUCCAUCGCAGCCUAUCUGAGCGGCAUUAAGCUCGAGGGCCUCAUCUACGUCAUCGCCAGCCAGCCGUUUAAGGAAGUAAUGCGCGAAGCGGGUUUCCACAUACUGGACGGACCCAACGAGUCCAUCGAGGGAAGCUUCGCCAGCCUGGCGGAGCACAUUUUCGACCGGCAGGAGGUGCGCGCCGUGGUCAUCGACGUGGACUUCAACCUGAGCUAUCCCAAGUUGGCUCGAGCGCAUCAGUAUCUGCGUCAUCCGGAUUGCCUGCUGAUUGGCGGCGCCACCGAUAUCCUGCUGCCCGUGGCCAAGGACGUGAAUAUCCUGGGACCGGGGGCGUUUGCUUCCAUGCUGGCGGAUGCCAGUGGCAGGCCAUUAGAAGCCAUUACACUGGGCAAACCGGGACGCCAGCUGGGCGACCUGCUCAUCGGUCAUCUCAAGAUCGAGCAGCCCAGUCGGGUGCUCAUGAUCGGCGACAUGUUGGCCCAGGACAUUGGCUUUGGCCGCCAGUGCGGCUUCCAGACGCUGCUCGUCCUCAGCGGCGGCUGCACGCGGGCGGAGUUCCUCGGGGAGAAGGAUCCCGCCCGCCUGCCGGACUUCUAUGCGGACAGCGUGGCCGAUGUGGCUCAGCUGUUGGACGGCGCACCCAGGGCACAUGUCUAAUUAAUCUCUAAUUUAUAAUUUAUCCCUUUUCCGAGGAUUGAAGUUUCCUUGGAAUAUAUGCAUGACCAUCUUGCAAGUCCCAUUUGUAUCUAUAGGCAUUUAAUAUUUAAUAUUAAGUCCUUGCCAUAUUAUUUAGCCUUUUUUUUCA